AUGUCAACCGAUUUGCAAUCAAUUCUUGAUGAGCGUAUCGAUGCUGAUCAAUUGGAGAUCUUUCGCAACCAAUACGAGAUCCAAGUGCAACGAGGGCAUCCGAGUGCGGCUGCUGUUUUUGCAUAUGCGCAUGCACUCUGCAAAUCGAAAAGCACUAAUGUAAAGACAGGCGUGCUACUUUUGGAGGAAUUACUUCGAAGUGACCAUAUCGAAAUUCCGGCGAGAGAUAUCGUCUACUUUAUCGCCCUUGGAAGAGCCAGGCUUAAUGAUUACGAUCGUGCCCUUGCCGCGUUAAAUCCACUCAUCGAACAGGAGCCCGAGAAUCGACAGGCUACAAAUCUUAAACGAGCGAUCGAGGCGAAAAUGCACAAAAAUGCGAUAAUCGGCGCAGCGGUGAUCGGUGGUGGAUUGGCGGUGGUUGGCGGGUUGAUUGUUGCCGCUUUCAUCUCCAGAGGACAUCAA